GAAUUCUUUUCCCCUUUUGGUUUUGCUCUACCUAUUUCUCUCCAUUGCAAAGAAUGUUUUUUUUGGGGCAGCCAUUUGCCAUUUGUCAAGCACCCGCCGCAGACAUACAGUGAAUAUGACUGGACUGUCAAUAGGGUAAGCCAUCGUAUGUUGCCAACGCUGCAACAGACAAUCGUUUUUCUUUUGUUUUUUUGGGGGGGGCCGAAAACUCCAGUUGUGUCUCUCUCUAUUCUAGUUUCGCCGUAUCGAGUACCGUAUUGGCCCGAAUAUAAGACAACAUCCUCUUUUUCAAGAUUCAAGUUCGAAAAAAGACUUUUUGAACACCAAAUUAAAUUUUUGAAACAAAUGAUUAUAGCAAUAUAUUGCAGAGAAAAAGCAUGUUAUUUUGCCUCAUUCAAAUCAUGCAGAAACUGUCUAUCACAUCUUAAUAUCUGAACAUUUAGAUAUGUAAACUAAAGUGCAAUCACAUUUGUAAAUGAAUGGCUUCCAUUUUCUGUCAUCCAUCAAUCGCGAUAGGCUGAGGUAACUCAUGCGAGACUUAAGGCACGGUGACGUAACUGUCCAACAUUUUAACGUCAACAGAGCAACCUUUCUAACAGUUUCUCCAUUUUCUGUUGUGUCUUCUCUUAUUUUCUUCUUUUGUCUUGCGCGGUUCAAGUUCCAUUAACAGUGGAGAAAAUAAACAAAGUAGAAGAAUAAGGAUAAGGACAUGUCCACAUAAGCACAAACCGCGAUUUUUUUUUUAAGUUCGGCAUUCGCUUUAAAGAUAUCUGGCGCCAUCUGGCGUUGUAAAUGGGUAUAAUGUGUAGACCCCGAAUGCAAGACGACCCCCACUUUUUCAGUCUUAUUCCACACCGUCUUAUAUUCGGGCCAAUAUGGUAAUAAGAACAAAUUUCAUUUUUUGCAUUGGCCAUUCAGAGUAGAUGAUCCCAGCGUCGCCAGUGACAGAGGUGAGUGAGGUUUACAGUUCACAGCCAAUAUUGUCCCGAUGGCGUUAACUUUCAUUGCAUUCAUUGCAUAGUUCAGUGUUUCCCAACCUUUUUUCAUUCACGGCACACCUUUUCAUUGGAAAAAAUCUCGAGGCACACCACCAACAAAAAUCUGUUAAGUGUUACACCAGCUUCUAUAUUAAAAUCCGUUAUAUUACAACAAAAGACGUAAAGUUCUAUUCCUAUAUAUGUAUGGAGAGUCGACUAAUUGAAUAAAAAUAAAUACUAAAUAUUCUUUAAAUUGUAUUUCUUUUGUAAAUAAAAGUGACAGUUUUUGAAAAGGUUUUCGACAGCAUAAGGAAUAAACUACUGAAAGUGAUUGUGAUCAAAAUCCAAAAGAAUCAUUAUGACUUUGUUUACUGUUGUAGACUAGCUCUAUAAAUAUUGCGACAUUAAGAACAAAGUCACUUUUAAAGACGCUCUGCUGUUCUGACAGCGGCUGAGUGGCUAUCACAGUCGAGGUGUCUCGACUUGACUGUAUUUUAUGUUGGUGAAAAAUGAACAAUCCAGGUUCUCCCAUUGAACUAACUGCUCUGAUUUCCAUCGGACCGAAAACGCACCACAGCCGUCAUAGUGUCACUGUUAGUAAAAGCACACAGCAACACACACAUAAACUGAGUAUGUGCCGAUGCCACAACAUGAAAUCUUAAGAUUCUCCGAUUUGCCCUGCAUGCACAAUUAGCAAGUGGCUGACCAGGCCUUGUGCUAACUGACUAGUGGUUUGGCGAUCCUGUUUACAAUGCGCUCCGUAAUUAAUGUUGGACAAUUUCCCACGGCACAGCUGAACAUCUCUCACGGCACACCAGUGUAUUAUGGGCAAAUAUUUAACUCAGUGAUGGAGCUUCAAAGAGAACAUUUUAAAUUGUAUUCUUGGCGAUGAAUCGUGCAUGUCGUGCUCCUCCCCGAUGUGUAUUCACGGUAGGAUAGACUAGUGAGUGGAAACGUAAGAUGGCUGCCGGUGGUUUCAAUUCUUCCACAGCAAGCGAGCGGAAUUGUUGUAUGCGCGUGCAUACACUCAUGCGCAAACAUGCACACACUGAUGCUGUUGUUUGGUUGGUUUGCAGGCACAAAGAGCUGGUGAUGAGUCAAGUGAUGAUGUCGUUGUCUCAAAGCAGCCAAAAUGUCAACCCGGGAGAAAAACAGUCAAGCGGAGGGAAACCACAUCAAGAUGUUCAUGCGUGGACGCCCCAUCACCAUGUUUCUUCCCUCAAACGUGGAAAACUACGACGACAUCCGCACGGAACUUCCUUCUGAGAAGCUCAAGCUGGAAUGGGUCUACGGUUACCGAGGACGAGACUGCAGAGCCAAUGUGUGCCUGCUUCCCACCGGGGAGAUGGUGUACUUCAUUGCCUCGGUGGUGGUCUUGUUCAACUACGAUGAGCGAAGCCAGAGGCACUACCUGGGACACACGGACUGCGUCAAGUGUCUCACCGUUCAUCCGGACAAGAUUCGCAUCGCCACGGGCCAAAUUUCCGGUGUGGACAAAGAUGGACGGGCCGUGCAGCCGCACGUCCGCAUUUGGGACAGCGUCAGUCUGUCCACGCUGCAGGUCGUCGGUUUGGGAACAUUUGAGCGAGGCGUCGGCUCCUUGGUCUUCUCCAAAGCCGACUCUGGUCAGCAUCUGAGUGUGGUUGACGAUUGCAACGACCACAUGUUGACCGUUUGGGACUGGCAGAAGAAGUCCAAGGUGGCCGAGAUAAAGACUACCACCGACGUGGUUUUGGUUGUGGAUUUCCACCCAUCGGACCCAAACACCAUCAUCACCUGUGGAAAGUCUCAUAUUUUCUUCUGGGCCUGGACCGGCACCUCGCUGGCUCGGAAACAGGGCAUCUUUGGGAAAUACGAGAAGCCAAAGUUUAUCCAGUGUCUUGCCUUCCUGAACAAUGGAGACGUUCUGACAGGAGACUCUAGAGGCGUCCUUCUCGUGUGGAACAGGAGUGCCGCCGAGGCUUCUGUGAAAGGACCGCGAGCCUUUCAGAUCAGCCGUCAAGUGAAAGGUCACGAGGGCAGCGUGUUCUGCCUGUGUCAGAUGACGAGUGGUGCCCUGCUGAGCGGAGGAGGAAAAGACCGCAAGAUCAUCCUGUGGGACCACCAAGUCCAAGCCCAGGGCGACAUUGAGGUUCCUGACCAAUACGGAAGUAUCCGGGCUGUGUCUGAAGGCAAGGGGGACGAGUUUCUGGUGGGAACGUCGCGCAACUUUAUACUCCGAGGAACCUUCCACGAUGGCUUUACGAUGGAAGUGCAGGGUCACACGGACGAGUUGUGGGGCUUGGCGUCGCACCCGUCCAAAGAUUUAUUCCUGACGUGCGCCCAGGACCGUCUGGUGUGUCUGUGGAAUUCCACCGACCACAAGCUGCAGUGGAGUCGCAGCGUGGAGGAACAUGGCCACUGUGCAGACUUUCAUCCCAGCGGCGGAGUGGUCGCCAUAGGAACACAUUCAGGAAAGUGGUUUGUGCUGGACGCUGAGACCACCGACCUGAUCGCCAUCCACACGGACGGCAACGAACAGCUGUCCGUCAUGCGCUUCUCUGUAGAUGGUGCUCUGCUGGCAGUGGGAUCUCACGACAACUUCAUUUACAUCUACAGCGUGGCCGAGCAAGGAAGAAAGUACAGCCGAUACGGAAAGUGCUCCGGUCACUCCAGUUACAUCACGCAUUUGGAUUGGUCGCCUGACAACAACUUCAUCAUGUCAAACUCCGGAGACUAUGAGAUUCUCUACUGGGACGUGCCAAAUGGCUGCAAAUACAUUCGAAAUCGCUCCGAGUGCAAAGACAUCGACUGGGCCACGUACACCUGUGUGCUGGGUUACCAUGUCUUUGGCGUAUGGCCGGAGGGCUCGGACGGGACGGACAUCAACGCUGUGAUCCGCUCGCAUAACAGGAAGGUGCUGGCAGUGGCAGACGACUUCUGCAAAGUUCAUCUCUUCACAUACCCUUGUGCCACGCCCAAGGCUCCCAGUCACAAGUACAGCGCUCACAGCAGUCACGUGACCAACGUUAGCUUCCUAUUCGAUGACAGUUACCUGAUCUCCACGGGUGGCAAGGACACCAGCAUCCUGCAGUGGCGAUUGGUCGACAAGAGCAACCCGGCGGUGGGCGAUGCCCUCCACCGCUUAGCCGCUGACGGGCCGAGAGGAUCAUUUCCGCCAAGCCCCCUUCCCUCUUCGGACUUAACCCCGCCUCCUUCAACGUCCAUUCCGCCACCUUCCCCAAGUCCCAAAGACUUUUUGGCGCUUGGCAAUGAUGUGGCUGCGUUCAGUGAUGACGCAGCCGCGCCCGGCGACGAGGACCCGCCGACCAUUGCGCCUCCCUCGUAGGCUGCCAGGAUGCCAAGGACGGCAAAAAAUGACGUUCCUUUGUCAUUUCAAAAAUUGAGAACAAGUCAUCAAGCUUGACCCGUCAAUCAAACGUGGCCGAUUCGAGCGCCACACCAGUCAACUGUGCCUGCAUCACAUUUUUUGUGGUUCCGGGUUCAAAAAGUUCUCCAGCAGCCUUCCUGUGCGGUGUUUGCAUGUAGUUAGCUUGUUAGCCUUCUUGUACUCAAGUGGCCUUUCCCGCCCACAUUCCAAAAACCUUUCAGCCUGUCAGGCCUGGAACACAAAAAUAUUCUUCCUUCAAAGAUUGAGACGGAGCCCUCGCGUCCAGAUAGGAAAUCAGCCGUUUAGCGCGUGAGGCGAUGCAGUACGUUGCGUGAACUGAGCACGUCACCACAAACACUGCACACAUUUGGAUUCUGUCUCCGCAGCCGUCUGUAUUGAUGUGGUCUCACAAAAAACAAGAAGCUCACAUAUGUGCCAAUGUUAGCCGAGUGUGUCCAAAAGGAGCACAUGCGUGUGGUGGAGCGUUCCAUGAUGGCAAAGUCGUUGAGAAGAGACUUGCUGUGAAAAACACUUCCUGCUGUCCAGGGAACUCGCUUUUAGACAACCCCCCCACCCCCCACCCCCCCACCCCACUUAUCGGGUAGGAUGCAUUUUCUUGUAGUUGGGGACACUUCCUUGUUGGUCAUUCAGGGUGCUUCUUUGAUUACCGUUUCUUUCCAUGUAUAAUGCGCCCCCAUGUAUAAUACGCACCCUAAAAAUGGCAUGUUGAUGCUGGAAAAAAGCCUGUGCCCAUUUAUAAUAUGCACCCAAAUUUUGACUCCUACUUAAGUCCGUAAACGUAAAAUUAUUUCAGAAAAAAGAUCAUCAACAACCGGAUCUUAUUCUGCCGGUCAGUAUCACUCCGCAUGCGCUAGCAAACUCAAUAGCGAAGAAAUGUUUUGGAUUUGUGAGGGUACAUUGUGACAGCAAACGAGCAGGUGAUCGAGGAAGCGUCUGAUACGAGAGCAUUGUGUUCGUAUGGAGCGUGUUUGAAGUGAACAGCAGAGAAGAAAGCGCAUCUGUAAUGGCGGUCUCCGUAUGAUAUCCGGAUUAAAAAAAAAAAAGAAUUGUACCCAUGUAUAAUGCGCACCCCAGAUUUUAGGACAAUGAAUUAGUUAAAUUUUGCGCAUUAUACAUGGAAAAAACGGUAGUUUCCUUCCACUCGCAUCACACACUUAAGAGUCAAUUGACUCGAGUCAUUCUUCCUGAUUGCAAGUUGCUGGCAUGACCCCUUUCAGACCCGUUUUUCAGAACAAAUGCACUCUGACAGAAUGGUCUUCCAAGAACAAUCUAAUGUGACAGACCACAAUAGUACCUUGUAUGAGUUUGAUGGCGGCGUAUUAACGUGGCUGCUUGCAACAUGCUGCAACAAACAACAGGGGAAACUCCUCGUCCUUUGAGAGAAAAAAGGGUUAGGGUCCAAACACUGGCCCUGUAUUUUCGCCAUAUGAAUUUAGUUAAGUAGGUCUUUUUUGCAUGCUUUUUUUUCUCUCUCCAGCAAAGAAUCUAACUGAAUGUAUAAUGUGACAUUUUCUGGGCUUUGUCUUGUAAACAAACAAAAAAAGUGGUAAAAGGAUCAAUGAUAAUUGAUCAAUUGAAGUGGAUAAAACUAAAAAUUGUGACUAUUAAAUUGUUUUUUCAUAUUUAAAAAAAACAACAACACACA